CCAGUCCGGUCUAGCAAGUCACCUGCUCGGCUCGAAGGUUACGAAAUUAACAUCCCUCGCGCUAGCGGCCGCCUCCAACAGUCUCAACGGGCACAAUUAAGCGAAGAUGCCCUACGCAACCUACCUACCUCUAUACGAGAUGAAUACAUCCGCCCUUUCGCCCGUGAUGUGAGUAAAAGAGAGGGCAUCGCUGCCGCCGAGGGCCGCUAUAUCUCUGCCUUGAUUCAACGUGCCUCGUCUAAGCUUAAUAUCUACUACAAUAAACUUACUAACUCGUCCUUAUUUGUGGCCUACGUUAUCCUAUAUCCCGACUACUCGAUGACGUAUCUCGAAGGUCUGUGGAAUGCAGAUUUCCAACACGAAUGAAUCCUCGAUGCCAAGAGGGACCUCAAGGACCACUUCAAGUGUUGGUAUACCUCUGAUCAUGCCGACCGUAGCGAGAAACCGAACCGCUCUGCCCCGUGAGGCCUCAAGCUCGAGAAGAGUCCAGCCUGAUACCUUACUCGAAGAGCUUGACAGAUUCUACAAGGUAAAGCAUGAGACCACGGAUGAACCGAUUGCGUGGUAGGAAUAUCCAGCACCGUCACAGCUUACCUUCAUUAUCUUACCUAUACCAGCGAUGGCUGCUGACUGUGAGAGUGUCUUUAGUCUCUCGAAGCUCACGAUGGCCUCACAGCGUCGGUCAAUACAUCUGGAGACCCUCGCGUUCUUGCAAUGCCUCAAGAAUUGGAGCCGGACUCGCGGCAUACGGUUUAGCAAUCUCCUCGCAGAUCCCAU